AAAACAGCAUAAAUGUAGGUUGUGUCCUUUAGUAUCUGUAGCAUGUUCUUGGUUAUUUUUGAGUCAUUCGAUCUGUAUCUAUAUUCUCUUGGAAACUGCUUUGCUUUGAUAUGAUUUAAGUCUCACACCUGGGUUUUCCCAAACACUUCAAAGAAACAAAAGCAUGGCUGCGUCAUUGCCAACUGCUGUUUCUGCUUCUGCUGCAAAUGAUCAUGUCUUACCUGGUGAAGCACAUGAGCAUUUGCAGCUUAGUUCUGAGGACCGGCAACGGAUCACUGAACGGACCAAAUGGGUUCUUGAUUCGCCUGACCCUCCUGGUUUUCGCCAAGAGUUUCUUGGUUCCUUCAGAAAUACUGUUUUUUGUAGCAAAAACAAGAAACUCAGUUCGUCGCAACCUCCAUUGGCAUGUUUUGGGUCGUUUCUACGUUCUGUAUUUCCGAUACUGAACUGGGCUAGGGACUACAAGGCUUCCAUGUUCAAGAAUGACUUGCUUUCAGGGUUAACCCUUGCCAGCCUAUGCAUACCUCAGAGCAUCGGGUAUGCUGCUUUAGCGCAACUUAAACCUCAAUAUGGCCUAUACACUAGCGUUGUACCUCCUUUGAUAUAUUCAACUAUGGGGACUUCACGUGAGUUAGCCAUCGGUCCCGUAGCUGUGGUGUCACUGCUAAUAUCUGCCAUGGUCUCGAAAGUGGUGAAUCCUAUAACUGAUCCUGUAUCCUACAAUAAGCUUGUGUUCACUGUCACCUUCUUCACCGGCACAUUCCAAGCUCUUUUUGGACUGUUCAGGCUGGGUUUUCUUGUGGAUUUUCUUUCACAAGCAGCUAUAGUAGGGUUCAUGGCAGGUGCAGCCAUUGUUAUAGGUCUCCAACAGCUCAAAGGUUUGCUUGGCAUCAGCCAUUUUACCACGAAAACUGAUGUUGUCUCUGUGUUGAUUUCUGUUGCCAAAUCACUCCACACUUCAUGGUACCCUCAGAAUUUUAUCCUUGGAUGGUCAUUCCUCAUCUUCAUCUUAAUCACGAGAUUUAUUGGAAAAAGGAACAGAAAGUUAUUCUGGUUACCUGCAAUUGCUCCUCUAGUAUCAGUUAUUCUGUCCACCCUGAUAGUAUAUCUAACAAGAGCAGAUGAACAUGGAAUUAAAAUAAUCAAACACUUCAAAGGGGGAUUGAAUCCAAGUUCAGUUAACCAGUUGCAGUUCAAUAGUCCACACCUCAGAGAAGCAGUCAAAAUCGGGCUAGUUUGUGCCAUCAUCGCUCUAACGGAAGCUGUGGCAGUUGGCCGAUCUUUUGCUACAAUAAAAGGGUACAACAUGGAUGGAAAUAAAGAAAUGAUAGCCAUGGGUUUCAUGAACAUUGCUGGAUCCAUGUCUUCUUGCUAUGUUGCAACAGGUUCAUUUUCACGGACUGCUGUCAACUUUAGCGCUGGCUGUCAAACCGCUGUAUCUAAUAUAGUCAUGGCUAUCACGGUGCUUAUAUCAUUACAACUGUUAACAGGGCUAUUAUACUACACUCCGAUUGCUAUACUGGCCUCGAUAAUCUUAUCUGCGCUCCCUGGAUUGAUCAACUAUACUGAAGCUUACAAUAUUUGGAAAGUCGACAAAUUAGACUUCUUGGCUUGCGCCGGAGCUUUCUUUGGUGUGUUGUUUGCUUCAGUAGAGAUAGGUCUAAUGGUUGCGGUUGCUGUUUCCUUUGCUAAGAUUAUCCUUAAUGCUCUACGACCGCGUGUUGAAGAACUAGGGAGGCUACCCGGAACAGAUAUCUUCUGUGAAGUGGAUCAAUAUCCUGUGGCUCAUGCAGUUCCAGGCAUUCUAAUAAUCCGACUCAAUUCUGGCUUGCUAUGUUUUACAAAUGCAAAUCCCCUCAGAGAUAGGAUAUUGAAUUGGGUGACCGAAGAGAACGGAAAAGAAGCUACAAAAAGUCCUAUUAGUGGAAUAAUUCUCGACAUGUCGAGUGUGACAAACAUUGAUUAUGCCGGAAUUCUAGCACUGGAAGAAACUAACAAGAAGUUGCUUUCAGGAGGCAUCAAAUUAGCUAUUGCAAGCCCAAGAUGGCAAGUGAUUCACAAGCUAAAAGUAGCAAAGUUCGUAGAUAAAGUUGGAAGAGACUGCAUCUUCCUCACAGUUUGUGAAGCUGUGGAUUCCUUUGUUGGUUCCAAGUUCACUGGUCCUGGCAAUUGUUGAUCAUGGCCUGUACUCAUGCUACUAWUGAACGAGGUUUGAUACCUAAAUCUUUUGGUUAUAGAAGCCAAACUCAUCUGAUAUGUAAGAAGGGACUUCAAUCAUGUAUACUAUGUUAGUUUCUGUUGACUGUUUGAGUGAAUAAUAAGAACACAACAAUGGGUAUCUUAGACCGCACAACUGUUCUUCUUGAUCAUGAA